UGAGGGAAAGAACAGCUUCCUGAAAUUGUGAAUAAAAUGUGUUUUCUUUCAAUUUGACAAAUUAUAUAAAAAACUACAGACAAAAAUUUGUUUAAUCAAAAAAAAAACAAGUUCAACUUAUUUACAAGUUUUUCUUUUUAACAAUAAAUCAAAACAAACAAGAAAUCGGUAAAGUUGAAGCCUAGAAAAUAAUUAAUUUAAUUGAAAAGUUAAGAAAAAAAUACAUCCAAAAAUGGCUAAAAACACAAAAUCAAUGUUACUUUUGCAAUAUGCCACAGCUAUCACAGGUUGUAUGACAGUCGUCGGAUAUGGCUCAAUGAUUUCUUGGAGUUCUCCAGCACUACCAUUUUUAGAAAGUCCAGAAUCAGACAUUAAAAUAACACUAAACCAAAGUUCAUGGAUAGCGUCUCUUAAUUUAAUUGGAUUAUCAAUAGGAUUCCUCUUGAAUCCACUUUUUAUCGAUCGAAUAGGACGAAAAUGGACAUUAAUUAUGUUUGCCGUGCCGCAAAUAAUUUCUUGGCUAAUGAUAAUUUUGGCAAAGAGUCACAUCACGCUUUAUUGUGCACGACUGAUUGGAGGCGCUGGUUAUGGUGGUGGUAUCUGCGCGAUGACAGUGUACAUGACAGAAAUUUGUAACAAGGAUAAUCGAGAAAUUUUCAUGAUUCUCCUUCGACUCUCAAAAGAUCUUGGCUGUACACUGAUAAUGUUACUCGGUGCUUUUUUUACCUAUCAACAAAUGAAUUUUGUUCUUCUAAUGCUGCCAAUUUUGUUUCUUCUAAUUUUUUUCGCUAUGCCCGAUUGUCAAAGAAGAAUCGAAAAAGAGAAAUCGAAUUCUCAAGAAUGUGGUGUUUAUGUUAUUCAACAUCACUUGGAAUCCGCUAAUGAAAUAAAUAAAAAUUCUUCCAAAACGCCAGUGAAUAUCGAACCUGACAGAUUGGAAGAGUGUCAAAAAAUUAUUGUUUUUCUUCGGGAAACAAAUAUAUGGAAAUUAUUUUCAAAUUCAACAAACAGAAAAGCUUUGAUAAUUGUCAUAUCAACUGGAUUGUUGAGCACUCUAUCCGGACAAGUGGCUAUGGUAGCUUUUGGACAAAAAAUAUUGAGUUACAAAACCUCGCCAAUGGAUCCAAAGAAGACCAUGAUUUUAUUAUCGGCUCUAAAUGCAAUCACUUGCCUCGUGAGUACACAAAUAAUCGAAAAAAUAAAUCGAAGAAAUAUUUUAAUUUUCUCCGGACUAAUUUCUUCCAUUUCGCUUUUCAUUAUUGGUGCAUAUUUUUAUGUUGAAGAAAGUAUUUUGUUAUCCUCCGACUUAUCAGGAUGGAUACCAAUUAUUUUCCUGUCAUUUGUUUCUGUGUUUCUUACCAGUGGACCAUGUAAUUUACUUACCAUCUAUCAAGGUGAAUUGUUUGCAAAUGAUGUGAAAAGUAUAGCAGUGACAGUUGUGAAACUAGUUAAUCCUUUUUUUAAAUUUUUGUCAGUAUAUUAUUUUCAAGAAUGGACAACAAUUGUUCAUGUGUAUGGGAUAUUUUGGUGUUUCAGUAUUUGUUGUUUGUUAGGGACAAUUUUGAUUUAUCUAAUGGCUCCAGAAUCAAGAGGAAAGACGAUUGAAGAAAUUCAAGAAAAUUUGAAAAAAAGAUCAUUGUUUUACCGUAUUCACUAUUGUGGUUCACAAAAAGGAUGUUUUUCUUCAUAAAAAAUCUAUUUUCAGUGCCGUCAGUCCGUUUGACUGUAUAGUUUUAAUAUUUUAUUUUUGUUAUAAAAGAGUUUUUUUUUUAAAUUAACUUCAUAAUAAAAAGGCCUUGUAUGGUUAUUAGUGAGCUCAACCCUGACUACCUUUUUUUUUAAUUGCGUACAACUCCGAAACUUUUGGUCAAAUAUUCUUACAAUGUUCGGCAAAAACAUUGUAUUUUAAUAGAUCUUU